UUUCCGUGAAGUCGACACAGAUGAGAGACCGAAGAAGUCCGUGGCGGAAGGAGUUGGAUCCUAGUUAAGAUUCUCUAAUAAAUGCCCCCUUUUAAAGCUAAGGGUGGGGCGCUUCCGCCGUCUUCCCAGCUUCAGUCGGACAGGCGCCGCCGCGGAGAGUCUUCUGGAAGGAUCCGCGCGAUGGCCGCCCAGGGAGAGCCGCAGGUCCAGUUCAAGCUCGUCCUGGUGGGCGACGGCGGCACCGGGAAGACGACGUUCGUGAAGCGCCACUUAACGGGCGAGUUCGAGAAGAAGUACGUAGCCACCCUGGGCGUGGAGGUGCACCCGCUGGUCUUCCAUACCAACAGAGGGCUCGUCAAGUUCAACGUGUGGGACACGGCCGGCCAGGAGAAGUUCGGGGGCCUGCGCGACGGCUACUACAUCCAAGCCCAGUGCGCCAUCAUCAUGUUUGAUGUAACAUCGAGAGUCACUUACAAGAAUGUCCCUAACUGGCACAGAGCUCUGGCACGGGUGUGUGAAAACAUCCCCAUUGUAUUGUGUGGCAAUAAAGUGGAUAUUAAGGACAGAAAAGACAAGGCGAAAUCUAUUAUCUUCCACCGAAAGAAGCAUCUUCAGUACUAUGACAUUUCUGCCAAAAGUAACUACAACUUUGAAAAGCCUUUCCUGUGGCUCGCCAGAAAGCUCAUCGGAGACCCUAACUUGGAGUUUGUUGCCAUGCCUGCUCUCGCCCCGCCUGAGGUGGUCAUGGACCCAGCUUUGGCAGCGCAGUACCUGCACGAUUUAGAGGUUGCUCAGACGACCGCCCUCCCGGAUGAGGAAGACGACCUGUGAGAAAGCGAAGCUGGAGCCGCCCUGCGUCAGAAGUCUAGUUUCAUAGGCAACUGUCCUGUGAUGUCAGCGGUGCAGCGUGUGUGCCUCCUUAACUAGCUAAGCAGGUCGUGUGCUUCACUGGAUGCUGAAGGAGACGAAUGGGCUUCGGAGUGAAAGUGGCAGUUAAAACAUACCUUCUUUGUUGAAUGUGACAGUUAAAACAUACCUUCAUUUCUUUUUUUUUUUUUUUUGGACUUGCAUAUCUACCUGUUUGGAACACAGUUGUUUCCUUCCUGAAUUUCAAAAACAAGACUGCAACAGUCACAUCACACUAUUCAGUCGGUGGUGACAUCUUGUUUGUUACUGUCAUUCCCAUUCUUUUUGUUGAGAAUCAGAAUAAAGUUGUAUUUCAAA